AUGUACCAGGAAGAAAUCGAGCACAAAUGGCCCACGCCUCCAGAAUGGACCUGGAAAUCGCGCUGGUGUUUGCGCUCUGCACAGGCAUUCCAGCACCCCGAUCAAAUCGGCAAGCUGAUGACCAAUUGGCCCAUGGUUAUCGGGUUCUUGCGCGAGUUGCUGGAGCGAUUGGAGAAUGUGGAGGGCGAAGGCAAGGGCAUUGUCGAACAGGAUGAGGGCGGGUUCCUUGUCGAGGGCGUCGGGAGCACUGGGUUCGAUGUCUCGGCCAAAAGUGAGCCCUGGCGGAGAGGGUACUUUCAGGCUCUUCUGGGCGCAGCGAAGGCUGCGGAGAACCUGGAGGGUUGGUUGACGGAUCGCAAGCAGAAGAUCUCUGCUCCAGCCGAGUAUGUGGUCGGUCCGUCGAACCCGCGCCCCAAGCCUAUGCCUACUGGGCAGAAGAAGGUGCCGCAGGAAGAGAACUGUGAGGCCGCGUCGCCUUCGCCAGAGACGUUUUAUAUGAAGAUCUUGACAACACGCGGAUUUGAUACGGGACAGAAACUGGAGGCCGCACUGGCUUAUGCGGACUGGCUUGAUUACAAGGGACUGGGCCGUACUGCAGGAGACAUGUACGCCUGGGCCUUGGAUAUCGCUGUCGAGGGACUACCUGGUGAUGCCAGUAAGGUAGUAGAUCCCAAGACGGGAGUACUCAAAAACACCGGCUCCGAGUUGCCAUCUGAAAACAUUCUACGUGUGUCUACGGCACUCGCUGUCCACAAUGCUCGCCAGGGCGAUCUUCCCUCGGCUUUAUCCCUCUUCACAUCAGUCCUGAAGGCUCGCCGGAACCUUCCUCUCUCGCCCGAAUCUACGCGGUCGCCUGUCCUUCCCCCUCUCUCCAACAGAUCAAACGACAUCUUCGCCUCAUUCUUCAACUCCAUCAAAACCAUGCUUGUCCCCGUGGAAUAUCCAGCUGCCCCUCCAUCCGGCGAUGACCCUCCCCUCCGCACAUCCGCCUCUGCCUGUGAGGAAGCAGGAUUAAUGACCUACAUUGGCGAGAUCCUCUACGCCUCCUCGUCACAGGACACCGGUCUCGCCUGGACCCGCGACGCAGUGGACAUGGCCGAAUCAACAAUCCUAACCCUACGCAGCUCCGAGACUGACCGCGACGCUCGCGCUCGCUGUGCGCAAUGUCUCCAGGUCGGUCUCGGAAACUGGAAGACCAUGGUGUCGGAACUGGUUUCUCGCGCCAAGAAAGAUGAACAAGAGAGCAUCGCCAAGGCGCAGGGCGCAUGGUUCGGUGGCGAGAAGAGCGUGCAGACCAAGUCUCUUAAGCGAAGGAGGUGGGAGGCCGAGAAGGCCCUCCUGGAAGACCGGAUUAAGCGGCUUUUUCCUUUGCUUGAAGGCGAGUCGGAUCUAGAUGCCUUUGCCCCGAAUAGCUCGCUGUUUGUGUAA